ACAUGUCUUGCCCCUAAGAAAGUAAGCGCAAGACCACAAAAAGGGAAACCAAAGGAGAAGAAAAAAGAGAGUGAGAGGCAAAAAAGCAUGUCUUCUUUGGCUCCUUCAUUUCCUUCCAUCAAGAUCAGAAUCUCUCCUCAUCCUUCUCACAGAUUGCCUCUCAGGCCAUCUACCAUCAUCAGGAGCUCCAAAGCUGAGGGCCCUCUAAGGAGACCUGCAGCUCCUUCUCUCUCCCCACCCACCCCUCCCUCUUCCUCUUCCUCUGUUUCUUCACCACCCCUCGCUCCACCUUCCCCUGCCCCCGCGCAGGCUCCUCUGCAGCCGGUGGUGGUGACUUUGGAAUACCAGAGGAAGGUGGCCAAGGAGCUGCAGGACUACUUCAAGCAGAGGAAGCUUGAGGAGGCAGACCAGGGUCCUUUCUUUGGUUUCUUGACCAAGAAUGAGAUCAGCAAUGGCAGAUGGGCAAUGUUUGGAUUUGCAGUAGGCUUGCUGACAGAGUAUGCAACAGGUGCAAGCCUGGUUCAACAGCUAAAGAUCCUUCUCUCCAAUUUUGGAAUUGUGGACUUGGACUGAUGCCUCGUAUCAUAAUCCACUUAUGUGUAGGUUCGAUCAAAGCAGACCAGUGUUUUUGAAAGCAUCAUGAAUCUGUCUUCUCUUACACACUCACUACAUUUCCCUUCCUCUGUUACAUCACAGGCAUGUAGAAGUCAUUCUUGAUCAUAACUAGCAAAUAUUUGUGGAAGAAGAAAAAGAAAUUGUCAUUAUUGAAAUGCUUUGUGAAGGUUUGAAGCUUCUUUCUAAUAAGACUUUUAUGAAGAUGCCAUUGAUGAACAAUAGAAGAUAAGAUUUUCUCAUAUGAGAAAAUCAUUCUACUGAGGAAAAUCUUUUAUUAUGUUGAAGAAAAUCCUCUCUCCUAUGUAUAAAUAGGAAAAGGAGAUGUUAAUGUAUUCAAACUAAAGUUAUUUCAAUAAAGCUUCUUCACUUCUUCUUCAA